AUGCGGCCUGCUCUUCGCUCGGAGCUUUGCUGCCAUGUCGCUGAAGCCUCUACAUCUUUCCGCACCCUAUGCAGUUCGGCAACAAUGUGCCGAGUGUGUUCUUUGUUGGCCAAGGCGACAUUUAAGCGUGCCAAAACGUCACCGACUUCGGCGGAGCCACUUGCAUCUCAUAGCGUGGACUCGAAUGCCGAUAACCGUCUCGCGAUAGGAUAUAACCUACUGCACGCCUGCCAUGUGUCUUUGGCGCGGAGCUUGCGUUGGCAAGCCAUCACCACUGUCAUGGAAUCAGGUCGCACUUCAGCCAGUGGCAUGGCCACUCCGGGCGAGAAGCGCGACGAAGAGCAAGCCAGAAGCGAUGUCGACUUGGCAUCAAGUCAAGAGAAGGACUUGGAGAAGAACGAAUCUCCAGUAUCUGCAGAAGAUCCGACUGCUCCGCCAGAGGUACGGGAAGAGUCUUUCAAGGCCAGAUUCGACGACAACGAUCCUGCAAACCCUCGAAACUUCUCAAACACAUAUAAGGCCUUCAUCACACUACAGCUUGGCUUCAUGGCAUUGACUGGAUCCGUAGGGUCGUCCAUCAUUGCGCCAGCAGAGCCGGUCAUGUCAUCAUAUCUGGGCGUCAGCCAGGAAACGACAGUCCUCGUCGUCGCACUCUAUGUGCUCGGCUUUGCGUUUGGACCCUGUGCAUGGGCUCCCAUUAGCGAGGUCUAUGGUCGCAAGUGGAGCAUGCUCCCUGCUAUGUUCACACUGGGCCUCUUUUCGAUAGGUAGUGCAGUGAGUAAGAACGCCCCAAGCCUGUUUAUUACGAGAUUCUUUGGUGGUGUGUUUGGAUCUGCCCCGAUCAGUAACGUUUCGGCGGCUCUUGGAGAUGUGUAUGAGCCAAAGGCCAGAGGCAUUGCCAUCACUUUCUAUGCGGUGAUGGUGGUUGGAGGGCCUAUACUUGGACCUGUUAUGGGCAGUGCCAUAACUGUCAACCAGAGCCUUGGCUGGAGGUGGACUGAGUACAUCCAAGCCAUCUUCACCUUUACAAUGGUUGCCGUGGCAUUCUUCUUCCUGCCGGAGGUGUACCACCCCGUCCUAUUGAAGAGAAAGGCAAAACAGCUGCGCAACGAGACCGGGGACACUCGGUACUGGCAUCCACACGAGGCAGAACGAAUCAAGCCAAGCAAUAUCCUUACAAAGUACUUCAGCCGCCCUCUUCGGAUGCUGACCACCGAACCAAUGGUGACCUGUAUCGCCAUAUACGCCAGCUUCGUGUAUGGGAUACUGUACCUCACGCUAGAGGUAUUCCCGAUCGUGUUCCGGGAAAUGCGUGGCUACUCCCCGGUUGUGUCGACACUACCUUUCCUGGGCUUGUUUGUCGGUGUGCUUUGUGCUGUCGGCAUCAAUCUAGGCAAUCAAAGUCACUACGCUAGAGCCAUGGCGCGAAACCACGGUCGAGCUGUUCCCGAGGCACGCCUACCACCCAUGCUGGUAGGCGGCGUUCUCUUCACUACUGGCCUUUUCUGGUUUGGAUGGACAGCUGAUCCUAACUACCACUCGGCUUUUCCCGUUGUUGCUGCUGGCUUCAUCGGAGCUGGCUUCAAUACGAUCUUCCAACAAUGCAUCAACUACUUGGUCGACUCGUACGGACGCUACGCUGCUAGUGCUGUAUCCGCUAAUACAUUCUUGAGAUCGAUCUUCGCGUGCGGUCUCCCUUUGGCUGCUGGUCCGAUGUUCCGUAACAUGGGGAUUGGACCAGCUGCGUCGGUGUUAGGUGCAGUAUCGUGUCUGGGGCUACCUGUACCGUUCAUCUUCAUGAAGUACGGCUUGAAGCUGAGGAAACUGUCAAAGUUUGCACCGGUGCCAGACGACUGA